GACUUUGGGAGCGAUCGAUUGACAGGGCAGACGAUCUUAUUCCCAUUCCCGUCGCCCUGAGAGCCCAGUUCAUGCUUAUGUUCGCCUGGACAGGAGGCAUGAAACCGGUGCUGAUCUUCCUGACCGCGGUGCUGGCCGUUGUUCAAGCCGCAGAAGAGUCCUGUGUGGGCCGCUGCGACAAAGGCUUUGACGCAACCAUAAAGUGCCAAUGCGACAGCCUCUGCAAGUUCUACAGCAGCUGCUGCACAGAUUACGAGGAGACGUGCCGCGGGAAGUCCAGGGGUGAUACCUUUGCGGGCCCUGAUGAGGAGAGCGACGAGCAGAAUGUGACCGUCACCGAGGAGCCGGCCAUCACUCCCCCCGGUGAGCCGGACCCGGAUGCUGCCACCUGCAGUGGUCGACCAUUUGACGCCUUCAUGCAGCUCAAGAAUGGAUCCAUCUAUGCAUUCAGGGGGGAGUACUUCUUUGAGCUGGAUGACAAGGCAGUAAUGCCCGGGUACCCCAAGCUCAUCAAGGAUGUGUGGGGCAUCGAAGGCCCCAUAAAUGCUGCUUUCACCCGCAUCAACUGUCAGGGGAAAACCUACAUUUUCAAGGGCAACAAGUACUGGCGGUUUGAUGGCGAUGUCCUGGAUGAGGAUUACCCCCGGGACAUCUCUGUUGGAUUCAGUAACAUCCCUGAUGAUGUAGAUGCCGCUUUUGCAGUUCCGUCACCAGGGUAUCGUCGCAAAGAGAAGGUCUACUUCUUCAAGGAUGAUCGAUCGAUUGACAGGGCAGACGAUCUUAUUCCCAUUCCCGUCGCCCUGAGAGCCCAGUUCAUGCUUAUGUUCGCCUGGACAGGAGGCAUGAAACCGGUGCUGAUCUUCCUGACCGCGGUGCUGGCCGUUGUUCAAGCCGCAGAAGAGUCCUGUGUGGGCCGCUGCGACAAAGGCUUUGACGCAACCAUAAAGUGCCAAUGCGACAGCCUCUGCAAGUUCUACAGCAGCUGCUGCACAGAUUACGAGGAGACGUGCCGCGGGAAGUCCAGGGGUGAUACCUUUGCGGGCCCUGAUGAGGAGAGCGACGAGCAGAAUGUGACCGUCACCGAGGAGCCGGCCAUCACUCCCCCCGGUGAGCCGGACCCGGAUGCUGCCACCUGCAGUGGCCGACCAUUUGACGCCUUCAUGCAGCUCAAGAAUGGAUCCAUCUAUGCAUUCAGGGGGGAGUACUUCUUUGAGCUGGAUGACAAGGCAGUAAUGCCCGGGUACCCCAAGCUCAUCAAGGAUGUGUGGGGCAUCGAAGGCCCCAUAAAUGCUGCUUUCACCCGCAUCAACUGUCAGGGGAAAACCUACAUUUUCAAGGGCAACAAAUACUGGCGGUUUGAUGGCGAUGUCCUGGAUGAGGAUUACCCCCGGGACAUCUCUGUUGGAUUCAGUAACAUCCCUGAUGAUGUAGAUGCCGCUUUUGCAGUUCCGUCACCAGGGUAUCGUCGCAAAGAGAAGGUCUACUUCUUCAAGGGUGACCAAUACUAUCAAUACGAGUUCAAGAACCAGCCAUCCCACAAGGAGUGUGCGGAGAUGACCAAGGCCGCCCCAUCUGUUCUCUUCACCAACUUCGCCGACCAGUACUGUGACAAGUGGGAGGAGCUGCUCAGCAUGCUGUUCCAAGGCUUCCAAGGACAUCAGCUUGGCCCCCGUCCAAUCAAUCAGGACUGGGUGGGCAUCCAGAGCCCUGUGGAUGCUGUGAUGAUGGGGCGAUUCUACCUAAGUGCUGCCCCCACCCAAGAGCUCUCGGCGACCUCCGUUGAAGCCCCAACUUUGGCCAAGGGACGGUUCACCAGGAGCAGCCGACGGGGGAGAAAGAAAGGCAAGAAGGGCCGGAGACAGCGCCUCCCAGUGCAGGACUAUGAUUAUUUCGAUUACAGAUAUGGGAUGUGGGACACAGAUGACCUCGAGGUCGAGCAGACGCGCCAACCAGUGCAGAACGUCUACUUCUUCAAGGAAGAUAAAUAUUACAGAGUGAAUUUGCACACCAAAAGAGUGGACUAUGCGAACCCUCGCUACCCACGAUCCAUUGCUAAAUACUGGCUGGGCUGCAAGGAAAAUUCUCAGGCAGAGAAGAAAUAAGAACUUUACCCUGGAAUAAAUUACUUAAUCGCACCACAGAAUAAGACAAGUCUAACUCAAAUUGCUAUUUCAUAUCAGUUAGUGUAGAAAAUGAGUAUAUGAUAAUGAAAUGAGCAUGUAUGAGUAUAUUUUCCGUCUUCAAACUGUGUCCACCCUUAACAUAUUUCUCAACAUCAUUACGUGACAUGAUUAAAUGUAAAUAA